AUGAGUGUCGUCGGUGUCGAUUUCGGUACCCUUAAGACGGUCAUUGCCGUCGCCAGAAACCGCGGUGUCGAUGUGGUUACCAACGAAGUUUCCAACCGUGCCACUCCUUCCCUCGUCGGAUUCGGUCCCAGAUCCCGGUACCUUGGUGAGACGGCCAAGACCCAGGAGAUCUCCAACCUCAAGAACACCGUCAACUGCCUCAAGCGCCUUGCUGGUCGCGCCUUCAACGACCCCGAUGUCCAGAUUGAGCAGCAGUUCAUCACGGCCCCCCUCGUCGACGUCAAUGGCCAGGUCGGCGCCGAGGUCAGCUACCUUGGCAAGAAGGAAAAGUUCACUGCCACCCAGCUCGUCGGCAUGUACCUCAGCAAGAUCAGGCAGACGGCCGCUGCGGAGCUCAAGCUCCCCGUCUCCGAUAUCUGCAUGAGCGUCCCCCCUUGGUUCACCGACGCCCAGCGCCGUGCCCUCCUCGACGCUUCCGAGCUCGCCGGCCUCAAGCUUCUCCGCCUCAUCAAUGACAACACCGCCGCCGCUCUUGGCUGGGGUAUCACCAAGCUCGACCUCCCCGGCCCUGAGGAGCCCCCCAAGCGCGUCUUCUUCGUCGACAUUGGUCACUCCAACUACACCUGCUCCAUUGUCGAGUUCCGCAAGGGCGAGCUGGCUGUCAAGUCCACCGCCUGGGACCACAACUUUGGUGGCCGUGACUUUGACAAGGCCCUCGUCGACCACCUCGCCAAGGAGUUCAAGACCAAGUACAAUGCCGACAUCCACACCCACGGUCGCGCCAUGGCCCGCACCAUUGCCGCCGCCGAGAAGUGCAAAAAGGUCCUCUCCGCCAACCAGCAGUCUCCCGUCAACAUUGAGUCUCUCAUGAACGACAUUGACGUCUCCGCCAUGAUCACCCGCCAGGAAUUUGAGGAGAUGAUCCAGCCCCUCCUCAGCCGCGUCUUUGAGCCCCUCGAGUCCGCUCUCGCUCAGGCCAAGCUUACCAAGGAGGACAUUGACAUCGUCGAGGUUGUCGGUGCUGGCUCCCGUGUCCCUGCUCUCAAGGAGCGCCUCCAGUCCUUCUUCGGCAAGCCGCUCUCCUUCACCAUGAACGCCGACGAGGCCAUUGCCCGUGGCUGUGCUUUCAGCUGCGCCAUUCUCUCCCCCGUCUUCCGUGUCCGCGACUUUGCCGUCCAGGACAUUGUCAGCUACCCCAUCGAGUUCACCUGGGAGAAGGCUGCCGACAUCCCCGAUGAGGACACGAGCCUCACCGUCUUUAACAAGGGCGGUGUUCUGCCCUCGACCAAGAUUCUCACCUUCUACCGCAAGCAGCCCUAUGACCUCGAGGCCCGCUACGCCAAGCCCGAGGACCUCCCCGGCAAGCAGAACCCCUGGAUCGGCCGCUUCUCCGUCAAAGGUGUCAAACCCACCGAGACUGAUGACUUCAUGGUCUGCCGCCUCAAGGCCCGUGUUAACAUUCACGGGAUUCUGAAUGUCGAGACUGGUUACCACGUCGUCGAGCAGGAAGUUGAGGAGGAGGUCAAGGAGGAGGGUGACCCCGAGGCUAUGGACACGGACAAGAAGGACGACGCCCCCAAGAAGACCCGCAAGGUCAAGAAGCAGGUCCGCGCUGGUGAUCUUCCCAUCUCCAGCGGCACCUCGUCUCUGGAUGAUGCCACCCGCGCCGCCCUGACCGAGAAGGAAGCCGCCAUGGUCAUGGAGGACAAGCUCGUCGCCGACACUGACGAGAAGAAGAACGAGCUCGAGGCUUACAUCUACGACCUCCGCGCCAAGCUGGAGGAGCAGUAUGCUGACCUCGCCAGCGACGAGGAGAAGGAGAAGAUGCGCGCCAAGCUUGAGGCUUGCGAGGAUUGGCUCUACGAUGAGGGCGAGGACGCCAGCAAGGGCGUAUAUAUCGCCAAGAUUGACGAGAUCCGCGCCAUGGCCGGCCCCAUCGUCCAGCGCCACUUUGAGAAAGUCGAGGCUGAGCGUCAGGCUGUCCAGGAGCGCGUCGACGCCGAGCAGGCUGCCAAAAGAGCCGCUGAGGAAGAGGCUCGCAAGGCUGCUGAGGCUGAGAAGACCCCCGAGGGCGGCGCCGACGCCGAGAUGAAGGAUGCCGAUGGCGCCCCGGCUGAUGAUGCCACUGCCGAUCCCAAAUAG